AUGGUUAGUAAUAAAGAUAAGAAAAUAAUACUAAUAACAGUAGUGCUCGGUGCGGGAGCGGCUGCUGUUAUUGCAUAUAUAUAUUAUUUAUUAGAAAAGGAAGACACGAUAAACAAUACUGUUAUGGCGUCUGUCAAAGACAUUAAAUAUGACCCACAUAUAUACAUAGAUGAUUUAUUAUUAUUAAGUAAAUCUGAGAGAGAAAGCAAAAUUGAAAAGGUAUUUGGAAGCAUAGAAAGCCGCGGGUUUUGGUGUUUUGUUAAAGAGCUUGGCUCAUCAGUGCAAGAAAGAAAGGUCUUAAUCGAUGAUAUAAUUGAUAAUAAAGAAAUGUGCGCGCGGUUUGAGAAGAAGUUUGGGCAUGGGAUAUUUUUAAAGCUGCAAAAAAUGAUUGAAAAUUAUGCACCAAAGAUGUAUAAAAAUGAAGACGAGACGAAAAAAGACUUUUUUGAUGAGGGAGCGCCAUGUCUUACAGUAGGAGACUCUUUAGUCCGGCUAAAAAAUUAUUAUGAUGAUGACAAAAAAAUUAUAAAUGAGCAGAUUAUUUUAUCAAACAGAGGAAAAAACUCUUGCUUUCUAAAUACUGCAAUUCAUUCUCUUCUGAGCAUUCGAGAAAUACGGGCAGAUCUUAAUAAUAUAACCCAAGAUUUCAUAACCAAUGUAGAAUCAAUUGCUGCUGGAAAAAGAGAUGUGUGUGAAAGACUUAAGACUGAACUUUCUUUAGAUAGAAAUUUCUUGUUACGUGAUUUGUUUGAUGUUGUUAUUAGGCUAAAUAAAAUUGCUCGUGCUUUUGAUGCGGCAGAUGUGGGCAAGAUAUCUGAAGAAGUGGAUAAAAUUCUGUAUAAUGAAAAAAUGGCAAUAUACAGCAUUAUAAAUCUAGAACAGCAAUAUUGCGUAUAUAACCCGCAUACAAAAAUAAGAAAUUAUAAUAUUUCAGACUCAAUAACUUCUUAUAUAACUCUGUACAACAUAAUGUGCUUUUUCUAUCAGUUCUGCCCUCUGUUUAAUGGGCAGGUAGAAAUCCUAGGGAAAAAAAUAGUGCAGCAGCAGGAGUUUAUAACAUGCACUAUUAAUCAGGAUUCUUCUGCUGCACAAGAGACAGCCCCCUACCCUUCUUAUAAAUCCAACCUGAUGGUGCUCACAGAAUAUGAUCCCACAGAAUAUUCAAAAAUUCACUAUGUAGACUGCAGAGAUCAUAAGUAUAUACCUGUUUACAUUCCUAAAGAAAAGUGCUUUAGUUCCAUAGAGUGCAUCAAAAGACACAUAUCUCGUCUAUACUCUAUAGAUUCCGCCGAAUUGCAUCUAUUUUUGCAUAACGAAACCUCUAAGAAGUGGAGUUUUACCCUACUGUCUAAUUAUAGCAUGGAAAAACUUUUCAAUGACGCUACGAGCACUGCAGUUUUUUAUUAUAUUCCAGGCGCAACAGAUAUGUCAAAGAACUAUAAUCUAAUGUUUUUAGAAUUUCCUUCCUCCAAUAAAGGCUCUUCUAGAAGCAGAAAUAAACAAUUACAGCUUCCUUUAUUCGUAGAUGAGCUGAUUUAUUCUGCAGUAAUCGAAUCUGGCUACCAAUGCAAAGAAAGUAAUCCUAAAUUUGUGGGUGCUCUGGACCAAAUGAAUGAUGUAGUGCCAUACACAUAUACAGCUCCGCAUGGUGUGCUGCAGCCAUACUAUACCAGUUUUUGCAUUGUAAAAGAUACAUCCACAACACCAGCAAGCAUUGAUUGCGGUAUAAUUAGUUCAAGUCUAACUAGCACUGCAGGCCCCUCAAGUAUUAUAAGCUUUAGCGUGAAAAAGACAAAAAUAAGCGAAUGCUAUUCAGUGGGCUUUGGAAACAUUGGCCCCAAUAAUAGUGACAAUGUGGCUAAGCAAUAUCUACUUUCUGACUCAUAUAACUGCUCAGCUCGAGCAGCCGCAGUGCUUAUGAGCUCACAGGGUCAUUAUAUUACAUACAUAGCAUCAAAUAGCUCUAAUCAAAAUCCAGACAAAAUAUAUAUUUGUGAUGAUGACAUGCGGCUAAGAUACGUGGGGAGUUAUUCUGUAGACAUGAAAAUGCCUAUAAAUUCACUAUGCGACUAUAUUCAGAUGCAUCCAAACAGAAAAAAAGAACAGAGUUCAAUGGGGUUUAUUGGUUGGUGUCUGCAGAUACUUUUAUCAUAG